CGUCAUUCACCUGCGACUCGUGUGGGCUGUAGCGCGUGUGUAGUAUGUAGUAGUUUACAUUUUACUGUAACUUCUGUCUUUAAACUCUUUCUCUUUUUCACUAACUCACUAACACACACAGUGACGGUCAGGAUGAGUGUGUGUUUACCUCAGAAGAAGUUUUAUCGGCAGAGAGCUCACUCUAAUCCUAUGGCUGAUCACACAUUCGACUAUCCUGUGUGCCCGCAGCAGAUGGACUGGUCCCAGCUUUAUCCUGAGUAUUUCAGCUCAGACAGAGAACAGAUGGAGUCGGAGGGACGGAGCACUCAGGUGGAGUUUGCAGAUAUCGGGUGUGGAUACGGAGGACUUCUGGUGGAGUUAUCUCCGCUCUUCCCCGAUCGGCUCAUUCUGGGUUUGGAGAUUCGGGUUAAAGUCUCAGAUUACGUUCAGGACAGAAUCCGAUCACUCCGAGCCUCAGAACCGGGAAAAUACCAGAAUAUUGCGUGUCUGCGCAGCAACGCCAUGAAAUAUCUCCCCAACUUCUUCACUAAAGGACAACUCAGUAAGAUGUUCUUCUUGUUCCCGGAUCCACAUUUCAAAAAAACAAAGCACAAAUGGAGGAUCAUCAGUCCAACGUUAUUAGCGGAGUAUGCAUACACACUCCGUGUCAGGGGUUUAGUUUACACCAUGACAGAUGUAGAGGAAGUGAACCUGUGGAUGGUGAAGCACUUUACAGAGCAUCCGCUAUUCAGCCAAGUGUCUGAGGAAGAGCUGAAGGAUGACAUCAUUGUGAGACGUUUGGGAACUUGUACAGAAGAAGGGAAGAAGGUACAGAGAAACGGAGGGAAGAACUUCCUCGCUGUUUUUCGCAGAGUCGAGGAUCCGAGCUGAAACUCUUCCUCUAAAAGCCCAGAGUGAUUACAUCAUCUCCUGAGCUCCAAACACACACUGAACUGUUUCCUGCUCUUUUAUUAUUCUAUAAGGUUAAAUAAAGUGAAUAAAACACUGAUAUUAAAGUUUUA